AUGGCGAACCCGCUUGUUACGACGUACUCAAGGGACGGAGGCACGAAGGAUGCGAGCGUGGUUGGAGGUCGUGCGGACGAGUCUAUCGCGAUCGCCCCGGUGCGGAGGGAAGAGCCGAUCGUCACUCGCAAGGAACUUUGGAGUUACUACCUGUACUACAACGGAGACAACGGUGUAGGACCAAACGGCUACUCCAUGACAUUGUUCCAGUCGCUCGCGACAGCAGCUGGGUUCGAUCCCGUCAAGGGCCCUGGUUCUAGCUGUAAUGCGUCCGAUGCGUCCGGCCAGUGUGUCCUCCCUUGGGGCGGAGGCACCAAGGCAGUCAGCUCUGUCGUGCUAGUCUCCAAUGGCGUCAGCUUCGCUAUCAUGACCGCCAUCUUCACCACUAUCGGGUCUGCCGCAGACUACGGAACGUUCGGUCGCUGGCUGCUCCUUAUCCUCACUAUCAUAUGUUGGGGUGCUCAGUUUGCUAGCAUGUCUCUGACAUCUCCGGACAGGUGGGGCGUCGCGAUGGCACUCUACAUGAUUGGCUUCAUCACGUAUGGCGCAACGCUCGUGUUCUACGCAGCGGUCUUUCCGAGGCUAGCGCGCAACACGCAGCAUGCGCGUGACCUCAGGGAGAAGUACGAGAGAGGUGAGGUCUCCGCGGAGGAGUACGAGGUUGAGGAGAGUAUGGAGAAGAACCGUAUAAGCAACAUCAGCACGAUGCAUAGCAAUGUCGGUUACAUCGUCGUGCUGGCACUCAACCUUUCGCUUCUGCUCCCUCUCAUGAACAACCCCAAAGUGAACAACUAUGUCCUCGUUUUGACAAACGGAUACUGGGUGCUCACUGGUAUCUGGUGGUUCAUCUUCCAACAACCACGUCCUGGACCCCCUCUUCCCAAGGGCGAGCACUAUGUCACCGUGGGCUGGAAACAGAUCUGGAUCGCCUUCAAGCAGUACAAGAAGCUCCCUUACACCUUCGUGUACCUGAUUGCAUUCUUCUUACUAGCUGAUGGUCUUAACACAACCGGGACGCUCGUAUCGAUCUGCCAGAAUGACAAGUUCCAUUUCUCGUUCCUCCAGAACACGUACCUAGGCCUCUCGCAGGCGAUCACGUCCACUAUCAGCACGCUCGGCUUCUGGUACAUCCAGCGGUACUGGAAGAUCUCCACCAAGACGAUGUUUGUCGUGACUAACGUCGUGACGAUCAUGAUACCGCUGUGGGGUAUGAUUGGCAUCUGGACGCCUAAGCUCGGGUUCCAUAACGUCUGGGAGUUCUGGGCGUACAACGUUGUCUUCGGUCUGUUCCAAGCGCCGUACUACGCGUUCUCGCAGACUAUGAUGGCCGAGCUGACGCCUCCCGGCUUCGAUAACAUGUUCUUCGGCUUGUUCGGACUAUCCAACCGCGCGUCGUCCAUGAUUGGCCCGAACGUCAUCCAAGCCAUCAUCGACAACACGGGCAACAAUUGGAAAGGGUUCCCGUUCCUCUUCGCCCUGUGCACUGCUGCGAGCUUGGUUAUCUGGUUCGGUGUCGAUGUCACCACUGGGCGGCGCGACGCCGUCUCGUGGGCCGAGAAGCACCGCUCGUAUGCCGACACGGGGAUUUGGUCUGAAGAGCCGGAGGAGGGGUCGAUUGAUUCCCCCCGGAAGAAGUAG